GAAAAAUGGGAGCAUUGCUGCAUCUUAAAUCAAACUUCUGGUUAGUCUGGUUCUUGUCUUCUUUAAUUCAAUUCAUUACUCAUCUAGGGCUGUGGAACUUCUGAAAGAACCCACAAUUGUUUCACUCGGGUUUUCUCUUGCGUGCAGCAGCCUGAUGGUUUGGCGGAAGCAGCGAAAGGGAAAAAUGGCAUAGGCUUUGGCCAAGCAUGCAGUAUGAGUCGCAUGGAUCAUUCCACAUUGAACGAGGCCCAGGAGAAAAUGACAAGAGGAAGAGCUCUCUCUCUGGUAUGCUUGCGGCAUUAAAGCUAUCAAGCAGCUCCAGGAACUUAGAGCUCGGGAAAAAGAUCCACGCCGAUGCAGUUCAAAGCGGCAAUGAGGCCAACAUUUACAUGGCCAGCACUCUGGUGGACAUGUACGCUAAGUGUGGCUGCUUGGCGGAGGCUCGCAAGGUCUUUGACAAUAUGCCAUCGAAAAACGUGGUAUCCUGGACGUCACUCAUGCUCGGCUACGUGCAAAACUGCCAAGCCAGGACAGCUCUGGAGCUCUUCCAGCGUAUGGUGUCCGACGGCUGCGUUCCAGACGCUCAGACUUACGUUGCUGCUCUCAAGGCGUGCUCAAACUUGGUGGCGAAAGAGUCAGGCAGUGCCGCGGAUGGCAGGCUCCGGAAGAUGGUGGUGCUGGAAACAGGAUUCAUGCUCCACUCUCUGGCUGCUCCAUCGGGCUGCGACUCGGACAUCUACGUCGCCAGCACUCUGGUGGACAUGUACUCCAAGUGUGGAAGCAUGGAGGACGCUCGAAAGGUGUUCCUUGGGAUGGAGUUAGCGUCUCGAAACGUGGUGCUCUGGACAGCGCUCAUGACCGGCUAUGCUCAUAACGGCGAAGGUGAGCUCGCUCUAGAGCUCCUGGGAUCCAUGAACUGCGCUCCAAAUUCUCUUACGUUCGUCGCGGCUCUCAAGGCGUGCUCGGCUCUAGCAGCGAAAGAGGAAGGCCAGAGAAGCAGCGAUGGAAAGAUGGUGAAGAUGGUGGCGCUGGAAGCAGGAAUGCUCGUCCAUGCCCGGGCUGGUUUGGCCGGUUUGGAGUCGGACAUCUUCGUGGCGAGCACUCUGGUCGACUUUUACGCCAAGUCCGGGAGUUUGAACGACUCGUACAGGAUCUUCGACGCAAUGCCGGAAGGAGAAGGCGAGAAGGCUUUGGAGCUCUUCUCACAGAUGAUGCACAGGGAUGGCUGUGAAGUCGAUGCGCAGGCUCUCGUGGUGGGACUCAGAGCUUGCAUUGCCAGUGCUGGGAAAGAGGAGGCCAGGAAGAUCGACGACAAAACGGUGGAGCUCGUCUCUCUCUCGAGUGGAGUCCGGCUGAAAGAAGCGGUGAUCCAGCGAUCGAUGAAAGUGGCAGCUCUGGAAACCGGGAUGGUUCUCAAGGAUGAAGUGAUCGAUCGAAUGGUCAAAGUGGUUUCUCUGGAGCGAGGAAUGGCGCUUCACAGGGAGGCGAGAAAGCGAGGCUUCGAGAAAGAUAUCUUCGUCUCCAGCGCUUUGCUCGAUAUGUACUCACACUGUGGAAGCCUGGUGGACGCUCUCAAGAUCUUCGAGGGAAUGCCAUGUCAUAACGCGGUGACGUGGAAUGCCCUGCUGCUCGCGUAUGCCCAAAACGGUGAGCGUGACACGGCGCUGGACGUUUUCGCGUGGAUGCGCCUCCACCGCGAAUCCUACCACGUGGACGGCCAGACGUUCGCCAGCGCGCUCAAGGCGUGCGCCGGCAUGGCCGCUCUGGACAUGGGACGUGCCAUCCACGUGGACGCCUGCCGCUGCGGCGCCGCGGAGCUGCCCGCGGUGGUCAACUGCGUCGUCGACCUGUACGGCAAGUGCGGCAGCACGGAAGCCGCGCGGCGCGAGUUUGACGCCGCGGGCGUCGCGGACGUGGUGACCUGGAACGCACUCGUGUCCGGGUACGCGUGGCAUGCUGACGUGGCGGAGGUGUUUGGCGCCUUGUACGACAUGCGGCGGGCGGGGGUAAAGCCCGACCGUAUCACGUUUCUGGCGAUUCUCACGGCGUGUAGCCAUGGCGGGCUCGUCGACAAGGGGAUUAAACUCUUUGAGAAGAUGGAUGUGGUGUACGGCAUUCGUCCGGACGUGGAACACUACCACUGCAUGGUUGAUCUUCUGGGGCGGGCGAAUCAAUUGGAGCGGGCGGUGGAAAUGGUGAGGUCCAUGCCGGUGGAGCCAAAUACCGUGACGUGGAUGACGGUUCUUGGGGCGUGCUGGAAGUGGAAGAAUGUGGAGCUUGGGCGAUUGGCGUUUGAAUCGGUGGUGGAAAAGGAUAGACGCGAGCUCGCGGCUUACAUGCUCAUGGCGAAUAUCUAUGGGAGCGCCGGGAUGUGGGAGGAGAAAAUGCGAGUGAGAGAGAUGGGAAUGGAGCUCCAAAAAGGGGAAGAUUGUGUGGCCCAUGCAGGUCUCGAACCUGCGACCUUGGCGUUAUUAGCACCACGCUCUGACCAUCUGAGCUAAUAGGCCUUAACUAUCAGUGAUUAUAAAGUUACUGGAUUCAAGGAAAUGUUAGACAUUACUCCAUGAUUAUAUUGGUUCUACAAAAA